AUGUUCGGCAAAUAUAUCAACGACACCGAGGACCCGCAAAAGUACAAGCUCUGGAAACCCAAGAUCGAGGCGUACAGGGCUCGGUUGCAUGCGGGCAUCAAGGACGAGUUCAAGUUGCCCGAUUACCUUUUGCCGACGCCUGAGGAGUUGGAGCAUGGCAUUGAUGCCCGGGCUUUGGCUGCAAAAGCCUUGACUGGCGAGGAAAUGGACAUCACCUCGUGGUCGGCCACGCAAUUGGCCCGGAAAAUCGCCAAGGGCGAAUUGACCGCUGUGGAGGUGUUCAAGGCGUUUGCCAAAACUGCGACCGUGGCUCAUCAAUUGACAAAUUGUGCUAUGGAGCUUUUUGUGGAGGAGGGCUUGCAUAGGGCGCUGGAGCUCGAUGCCUACUACGCAGAAACAGGCAAAACAGUGGGGCCUUUGCACGGGUUGCCAAUUUCUUUAAAAGAACACUACGCCUUCAAAGGUAAAAUUGUCCACGCAGGGUACGUGGGGAAGUUGGAUUAUGUCAGCGACAAGAACUCGGCUAUCGUGCAAGCGUUGUACGACCAGGGCGCUGUGUUCUACGUGAGGACCACAGAGCCCCAGAUAAACCCUUGCAACACGGCAUUGUCGCCUGGCGGCUCCUCGAGCGGUGAAGGUGUGUUGGCGGCAAUGAACGGCAGCGCAUUUGGCAUUGGAAGUGACAUUGGCGGGUCCAUUCGUGCUCCAGCAGCUUUCUGCGGUGCCUGGGGGUUGAGGCCCUCCACAAAGAGAAUUUCCUUGACCGGUGUAGUGGGGCCUUACGACGACCAGGCUCCCGACAUUGUGUAUCCAACAUUGGGUCCCUUGGCAAAAAAGAGACUUGCCCUUUCUGGAGAGCCUGUGGUUCAUUUGAGUCAGAAGAAUUUCAGCUUCGGCAAAGGUGACGAGCAGCUUACCGGUCUCGAUGUCCAGAGACUCAUCAGUAUAAGAGACGAGUACAGAUGUAUCUACAUGGACCUUAUGAACGAGAUGGGUAUCGACUACAUUCUUUCUCCCACGUACGUCGCGCCAGCAUCAAAGCCAGAAACCAUAACAUACUGGGGUUAUACUUGUUUGUGGAACAUCUUGGACUUCCCCAACGUGGUGUUUCCCACUGGCCUCAGAGUUCAGUCUGAGGACCAGAUUGACAAAUCUUUCGUUCCUCGCAACGAACUUGAACAAUACGAGUACACCCUUUACAGUGGGCCCGAGGAUUUUAUCAAUGCUCCCAUCUGCUUGCAAUUGACGGGAAGAAGGUACACCGACGAGAACGUAGUCAAGGCAGCCAAGGUUUUGUCUUCCAUCAUGACUGCCGAACAAAACACUUCCGAAAGAGCCAUGCUCUAG